AUUACAGAGAUUCAAUUCUACAAGACCGACAACGAGAUGGCUGACCCAGCGCCGUCCAGCAGCGCCAUCCCUCCUCCGCCUGCAUCUACGCCUGCACCCUCUCCAGCUAUCAUGGAGUACCCAUUCGCAACCUCACCCGACAUCCUCCGCACGCAUCAGAAGGACGCCUACAUCACAGGGACCAUCUCGUCCCAAGCAUCCACGAUCGUGCGCGCCCUCCUCGGGGCCCGUUUCGCGCACAAAUACUCUGAAGCCACUACCCAGCUCUCUGAGCUCGUCUACCUCUGCAUAACCACACUCCUGGGGAAUAGGACCCUGGGCGAAGAGUACUGCGACGUGAUCCAAGUCGAGGACGACACACUGAGACUUGCGGGCCUGGGAAGAAGAGUCGGGUACAUCGCGAGCGUGGUGUUCGCGCCCUGGAUCCUGGGGAAAUCCCUCCCGGCGCUGAGGAGGAGGCUGAGGAGUAAACUCGAAUGGAACAUCGAAUAUGCAAAGCAGAAACACCACCGACACCCCCGUCCACCCAGGAGCCUCAAACUGCAAGAAUACAUCCUUAAGCACCUCGACACCCUGACCUCUCCUCAACCGAUCUACGCCAUCAGCCUGGCCGUCUUCUACUUCACCGGCGCGUACUACCACAUCGCCAAGCGGCUGUUUGGGCUGCGCUACGUGUUCACGAAACAGAUCAAACCGAACGAAGAGCGGGUCGGGUACGAAGUCCUGGGCGUGCUGCUCGUGCUGCAAAUGGCCGUGCAGUCGGCGCUGCACGUCCGCGAAACAUACAUGGACGCGACCGCCUCUACGACGAGUGGUCGGGCGACAGAAGCAGGGGUGCCAGCGCCCGGCACCGCCGCAAUGCUCGCCAACGGCAUCGAGAUCCCCAUCCCGUCCGGCCUCGAAGCCUCGUCGACGGGCCAACUGCUCUCCGCGGUCGCCGUGCCGUCCACCCUGCCACCGGGCCUGGCGACCAACACGGCGACCCCGAUCCUCGACUCGCCGCGCUAUGCGCUCGAGGACCACGACGAGACCAUGGCCUGGAUCCCCGCGGGCAACCAGCGGAAGUGCACCCUGUGCCUCGAGCCGUUCCGCGACCCCAGCGUGACCACCUGCGGGCACGUCUUUUGCUGGACAUGCGUGCAGGACUGGGUCAAGGAGAAGGCGGAGUGUCCCCUGUGCAGGCAGAGCGUGCUGAGCCAGAAGGUGCUGCCGCUGCGAGGGUAGUUCUGGGUGUGUUCAUAGCAAGUCCGACGACGGAGACGAGAAGCAUGUAGAUUAAUCCCGAGACGGUCGACCGAAGGCCGACUUUGCAUCCACCGUUCAAUCCAUCCAUCCA